AUGUCGCAAUACUACGGCGCACCCCCUCCAAAUCAGUUCGGCGGUGCGGCGGCCGCGCAAAACCUUCAGUUCUAUCCUUCGUCGUAUUCGCCCGGUAUACCAGCCCAGGGAACCCCGGCGCAAUCAUACGGCUAUGGCGCGCCAACACCUAACCCUGGCGGAUACGGCUUCGGCGCUGCGCCCGGUGUAAGUGGGAGGAUGGGCGAACAAGGUGGCCUGCGGACGGGCUGGCUCGCCGCUUUCUCUACAGAAGGAUAUGAUGGGGAACCACCGUUACUGGAAGAGCUAGGGAUCAACUUUGAUCAUAUCUGGAUGAAGACUUUAGCAGUUCUCAACCCUUUCGGACGUAUAGAUCAACACAUCAUGGACGAUUCCGACCUCGGCGGUCCCAUCCUCUUCUUCUUCCUAUUCGGCACAUUCCUACUCUUUAGCGGCAAGGUACACUUCGGGUACAUCUACGGGUUAGCGCUCAUGGGAUCGGUUGCGCUACACACAAUCCUAUCGCUCAUGUCUCACGACGAUACCAGUCCCACGACACCAGCUCAAGCCGCAUAUCCUUCUACCCCUGGCUACCCCGGCGAUCCCAACGUGGGCGGUAGAGACGAUUCUAAGGGCCACAUCAGCAGUACUCUAACAUUUGCAAGGAGCGCAAGCGUGCUUGGGUACUGUUUGCUACCGCUGGUCAUGACUAGUCUAAUAGGCAUUGUCAUACCAAUGGACGGGCCGCUUGGCUACAUCUUAACCAGUGCGGCAAUCGUUUGGUGCACAACAAGUGCGAGUGGCAUGUUUUGCGCAGUUGGACGGAUGAUGCAAAUGAGGGCCUUAGUAGCAUACCCGUUAAUGUUGUUUUACGUUGGCUUUGGUAUUAUGAGCAUCUUCAGCAGUCGAGGAUCCGGUAGCUUGGGCAAGGCGGCAGGCGUGUCGUGA